ACUGUUCUAGAGGAGCCAUCAGAACAUUUUGCUCGAGAAGAAUAUGGAUUGCUCACCGAGAGUUACCGCCGGAACUCCUUAAUAUCUUAUUAUAACGCUCACAGUAAGGAAAACCCUACAGAUUCUAGAAAAGGUGCAGAGGGGAAUGAAAUUUACGUAUUUAAGUGGAGCGCAGAGUUACGCUCUGAUCCUUUACUGGUGCGAGAUCAGCGCACAGUUGCGCGCUCUACUCCGCGCUGGCAUUGCUGCCAGCCUCAGUCACUCCUAAACACCGCCUUUCGUGGGAGGCAACAUUAGACACCGGCUGAACUUAAGUACUUCGGCGCUGUCUCACAUCGUUCGUUUCGCUGAAGGCGUUUUUCAGGUGUUUUCUUAUGUGAACCAAUAAUAACUGUGAGACACAAGGAAACCCCGUUAUCGCGACGUUAACAGGUAGCCUUAGGGAACUGACAGCAUUUAAUGAUUUGUUAUUGAUAUCCCGGGAACCCAGAAUACUCUUAAAAGUCAUCGAUCUGGAAGGAUGAUAUCUUUCUCACGGAUUUGAUGGAUGUUUGAUCGGUUGGUGAUGCCCAUUUAUACCAUCGAUCGCAAAUUUCCAGAGACACCUGGUGAGUUUCUACAGGCUGCCCCAGAGGGACAGCAGACCAUGGCUGACAACAACUCUCAGAAAAAAAAGCCCAGCUGGACGUCACUAGAGAUCGGUCUUCUGACGAUUGUUUCUCUGCUGUUCAUCAUUAUUGUGGCUCUCAUCGUACUCUUCAUCACACAGAUAGGCAAAGAUGGUGUCUGCAUAACAGCUGACUGCACACAGUCAGCAUCCCGCCUCAUUGAGAACAUGGACCCCACAGUGAACCCCUGUGACAACUUCUACCAGUAUGCCUGUGGUGGCUGGCUAAAGAAGAACAUCAUACCUGAGACCAGUUCACGUUACAGUACCUUUGACAUUCUCAGAGAUGAACUGGAGGUGGUACUCAAAGGAGUGCUGGAGAGAGAAGAGAGUGGAAGCAGUAGCUCAAUGACCAAAGCCAAAGUUCUCUACAGGUCCUGCACUAAUGAGAGCGUCAUUGAAGAGAGAGGUGGGGCGCCUCUGCUUAGAGUGCUGCCAGAUGUCUUUGAGUGGCCUAUAGCAAUGGACAAUUGGGACACCACCUACGGAAUGAAUUGGAGAGCGGAAGAUACCAUAGCCAAACUGAAUGAGAAAUAUGGAAAGCAAGUCCUAAUAAGCUUUUUCAUUGGCACAGAUGACAGAGACUCCAAUGCGCACAUCAUUCAUUUUGACCAGCCAAGUCUUGGCCUCUCCUCAAGAGACUACUAUGUUUGCACGGGACCAUAUGAGGAGGCCUGUGUGACAUAUGAGAACUUCAUGACUGACUUGGCAAAGCUUAUCCGAACAGAGCGGAAUCUGGAAGUCAAUGACACUAAUAUCAGGCAAGAGGUUGCCCGGAUGAUGAUGAUGGAAAAGGAAAUUGCUAAUGCAACAGACACACCAGAGGACAGAAACAACCCAGUUCUACUUUACAACAAGAUGCCUCUGGAGAUCCUGAACAACAACUUCACUCUGGAGUUUAAUUCCAGGGUGUUCAACUGGACACUCUUCACUAAUAAGAUCAUGGACACAGUUGGCAUUCCCAUUACAGACAGUGAGGAGGUUAUUGUGUAUGCCCCAAACUAUUUUAAGAGGCUGAACCCUGUCCUUGCCAAGUACACAAAGAGGGACAUUCAGAACUACAUAGUAUGGCGUUUCAUUAUGAAUCUGGUGGUUGGUUUGAGCAGGACAUACAGGGAGACCAGGAAAGCAUUUAGAAAGGCUAUCUAUGGGACCACCUCUGAACCAGCAGUUUGGAGACAGUGUGCCAUCUAUGUAAACAGCAACAUGGAGAAUGCUGUGGGGAGACUAUAUGUGGAGGAAGCCUUUCCAGGAGAUAGUAAAGACAUGAUGGAUGAGAUGAUCACUAACAUCACAGAGGUAUUUGUGAGUAAUCUGGAUGAUCUAGCUUGGAUGGAUGCUGAAACUAAGAAAGCUGCAGAGGAGAAGGCACGAGCAAUCAGAGAAAGAAUUGGUUUUUCAGAAAAUAUAAUGAACAACACAUACCUGGACCAGGAAUACCAAAAUUUAAGCUACAGUGCAGAAGAAUACUUUGAGAACAUUCUAAAGAACUUGGAGUUUGGUCAGAAGAAACGCCUAAAGAAACUGAAAAUCAAAGUGAACAAAGAAGAGUGGAUAACAGGAGCUGCUGUUGUCAAUGCAUUCUACUCAUCUAGCAGAAACCAAAUAGUAUUUCCUGCAGGUAUUCUUCAGCCACCAUUCUUUGGUAAAGGUCAGCCCUGGUCUCUGAACUAUGGUGGCAUUGGGAUGGUCAUUGGGCAUGAGAUCACUCACGGCUUUGAUGACAAUGGACGUAAUUUUGAUAAGGAUGGUGACCUCAAAGACUGGUGGACUCCAUCUUCAACUCAGAAAUUCCAAGAGCUUUCCAAAUGCAUUGUGGACCAGUAUGGAAGCUUCUCUUGGGAUUUGGCGAAUGGACACAAUUUAAAUGGGAAUAAUACCCUUGGGGAGAACAUUGCGGACAACGGGGGCAUUCGCCAGUCUUAUCAAGCCUACAAGAACUAUGUGAAAAAACAUGGGAAAGAGGCUACUCUCCCUGGAAUUGACCUCAAUCACGAGCAACUCUUUUUCCUUAACUUUGCACAGGUUUGGUGUGGAACACAUAGACCAGAGCAUGCUGUCAACUCCAUCAAAACUGAUGUCCACAGUCCAGGGAAGUUUAGAGUUCUUGGGUCAUUACAGAACUUCCCAGAGUUUGCCAAAGCCUUCCAGUGUCAGAAAAACACCAACAUGGUGCCUGAGAAGAUUUGCAGAGUGUGGUGAUUACUAGAGGAACAGAAGAUGAGGGUUAUAUUGAGGGCCCGUGGUCCAUUUAUCCUCUCACCUCUCUGCUGACUCUUAGACCAUGAUGGCAGAUGCUGAUAAAUGUUCUCAUCGGUGUAAGCUAUGGCUACUAUGCUCAACUCCACCAGUGCACUUGAGCCAUAUAUAUUGAGGGGUAACUGUCUCAGAACACUCCUAUAAGCAUCAGCCGAUUUAUUUUAAUACAGUUUGUGAGAUGAUUACUCAGUUCAUGGCUCUUACUGUUUUAUAUACUUGGUAAAUCUGAAGAAUAAAGUAAAAAAAAACAAAAAAAAACAAAAACAAACGAAA